AUGCCGUUCACGGUCAAGUCUAUUUUCACGCCGAGGUUCUCGCUGCUGAUGGUGUCGCUGAGCACGCUGGUGGUUGUGGGGUUGAACUUGGUGGUGUUCUUCGCCACGGACAUCGUCUUCAUCUACAGCCCGCAGUACAACGCCACCAUCGCCUCCCUCAAGUUCACCAACUUCUACCACCAGUUCGAGACGCAAUUCUCCGACGGUGUCAAAAUCUUGCGAAUCCUGCUCACCUUUUUACCGUUUUUCGUGCUCAUCUUCUCCUCGGGGAUAACGAUGUACUUCCUGCGAACGUCGUCGAGUUUGAUCAGGAAAGCCAAGCACACUAAAAUCUCCACGUCCGGACUAAGCACAAAAGAAAAACAAGUCGUAAAGAUGCUCUUGGUGAUUCUGGGAUUGUUCAUAGGAAAUCUUUUUCCCAGAAUUCUCUUCUACGUCGUGCAGUUCUCACUUCCGGAGUUUUAUUUCGGGAAACGACUUAACAACGUGUUCAAUCUGACUUUCAGCGGUAUUUUGGUUCUGGAUUUUGUCAACCACACCUCCAACCUGUUCGUGUUCCUUACCAUGAGCACCAACUUUAGGGUCAAGUUUAUUGAGUUGUUUCCCUUCAGUAGACGGUUGUUUUAA